AUGUCGGCCGAGCAUGGCGCCGCGGCGGCGGACGGGGCUGGGGCGGAGCCUCCUCCCCCGGCGCCGAUGCCGGGGCUGGUGGCCUCGGCGGACGCGGCGGGGCAGAGGUCCCUGCCGACGCCGUUCCUGACCAAGACGUACCAGCUCGUGGAGGACCCGGCGGUGGACGACGUGAUCUCGUGGGGCGAGGACGGGUCGACGUUCGUGGUGUGGCGGCCGGCGGAGUUCGCCCGGGACCUGCUCCCCAAGUACUUCAAGCACAACAACUUCUCUAGCUUCGUGCGGCAGCUCAACACCUACGGAUUUAGGAAGAUCGUGCCGGACCGGUGGGAGUUCGCCAACGACUGCUUCCGGCGAGGCGAGAAGCGCCUGCUCUGCGACAUACACCGCCGGAAGGUGGUCCAGUCGGCGGGUCUUGCGGCUGCUGCUGCCGCCGCCGCGGCUGGCGCGGUCACGGUUGCCACUGCAGCGAUCCCUAUGGCGCUGCCGGUUACGCGCUCCGGCUCGCCGGAGCCGCAGCUGUCCUCCGAGGAGCAGGUUCUGUCGUCCAACUCGGGAUCCGCGGAGGAGCUCCCGCUGGCCGCACCGUCCGGCUCAGGCUCCGGCCUGGGCGGCGCCGCCGCGGGCUCCUCGUCCGGCGACAUGGGCGAGGAGAACGACCGGCUGCGGCGGGAUAACGCGCGGUUGACCCGCGAGCUGGGGCAGAUGAAAAAGCUGUGCAACAACAUCGUGAGCCUCAUGUCCAAGUUCGCCUCGAGCCAGCAGCCGGACGGCGGCCCCGGGUCGCUGUCGUCCGUAGUAAACUGCUCGGGUGAGUCGGCGCUGGCGCCUCCGCCGCCGCUCCCCGCGGGGAUACUGGACCUGAUGCCAUCCUGCUCGGCGCUGGCCACGGCCGCCGGCCUCGCCGUCGACGGCGGGCCGGAUACGGACGCGAGGCUGUUCGGCGUCUCCAUCGGGCUGAAGCGAGCGCGAGACGAGGAAGAAGACGGCGACGGGGGGGAGCUUCCUAACAGCAACGGCGACGGCGCGGACGUGAAGCCGGAGGAGGCAGCGGAGCGGCGGCCCGAGGGCGGCGGCAGCGAGGAGCGGCAGUCGUGGCCGAUAUACCGGCCCAAGCCCGUGUACCGGGCCUGCAACGGGCAGGACGGGGCCGGCUCCGGGUCAGACCAGGACAGAUCCAACUCGAGGUGA